GGCAUCAAGAGGCGGUCCAUUCAAUUACACAGGUGGAGACUAAACAACAAAUCUUUGGUGAUGUGAUAUUGUGGAUCAUUCCAGAAGCCAUCUGUCCGACAAGGAGCACAAGAAUGCCGAGUGGGUUUUGAAGCUGUGUGGAACCUCACCUUAUCCAGAUCGUUCGCUAAGCCAUCUGUCCGAGAAGGAGCAAGAACUGCUGAGUGGCUUUUGAAGCUCUGUGGAAACCUCAUCUUAUCCAGAUUGUUUGCUAACUGAACUAUACAGAGCUCAUCCAGAUCAUCGAGCAUGGCAGAAAGUGCCAGAAAGAACGAAUCUGCAAAGGAUGUAAUUAUCAGGAGACAAAAGGCAUACAGAGCAGCUAUAAGUGUAGAUUUCCCCUGUUGUCUACUUGAAGAUGACGAGGAACUUGAAAUAUCCUUCAUCAAAACAACAUUUGUGGAAGAAGAAAAAAAACUCAAAGGGAAAACUGUAAAGAAUGCUCUGCGAGGAGAUGGACGUUUUGCCAAGAAGUUAUUUAAGAAGGACUUUGCUCUUCAAGAUGAAGCAGAUGGGAAGACAACCACACUCAUGACAAACCCUGUGAGUGAACUGGAAGAUCAUAAACUAUACAGAAUUGUUCUUAACAGCCCUGAUGUUAUGCCUGAUAGUCUGGAAAUGGUGGAUGACCUCGAUGAUCAAUCUCAAUCAGAAGCGGAUACGGCUGAUUCAUGUCCACAUUCAAACAUCUCAGAUGGUCGGUCCUCAGGAAAGGCCUUAUUGGCCUCUGGCAAAAAGGAGAUGACCACCACUUCAAAGUCAAAGCGUACAAACAAGGUGGAAAUUCUGGGAAAAAUACCAAACACUGGAGAGAUUUUAAACAUCCUACGUGAUCAAUAUGCCAGUUUGGUACAGCAUCUUAAAGCUCGUAAGGAUAUUAAGAGUGCUGCACAAGUGAGAGAAUUCCUCAGAGAGGAAUUUUCAAAGGAAACUCAGGGUUUCUCUGAGAUAAAAACUUUAAAAACACUCAUGGAACGAAGUGCCUCUGUCUGCCAGGUCUAUUACAAUAAGCAAGCAUUAGUAACAGGGUUUCUACUCUUUAAGAGAUUCAUUCUCACUAAUGCACAUGUCAUCACAGAUCAAAGCAAAAAAAACCUGUAUAACAAUCUAAGUGUGUCAUUCAGUUUUGAAGAUUUAGGCCCAGAAAACAAAAAGCAUUUUGCAUUGAAGAGAAGGCCUAUAGCAUAUGAAUAUGUGUAUACCCCGCAACAAAGUGUGGACUUUGCUCUGUUGGAGCUAAAGAAGUCUCCUGAAGCAUUGCCUCCACCACUUCUUCAACACUAUAGUGCUCCACCAGUGAGAGGGGGAGUCUGCGUCAUAGGUCACCCAGACUCCGGUGUUAAAAAAAUGGACACGUGUCUCAUUAUUGAGCGUGAAAACCAACAACAGGCAGCCGAGAAACAUGCAAAAGAAAAUUCUGAUUUUUUUCAAGUCAUUAAAGACACAUACUUUAACAGGAAACAAGAGCUUGAUGGCUCUCAAAUUGAGUACAACAGCUGCUUUUUGUAUGGAGCAUCUGGAUCCCCUGUCUUUGAUGAGCACUGCAAUGUAAUAGGUAUACAUACAGGAGGCUACGUGUACAAAAGAACGAAACCAAUAGGCAGCAUCCUUGAAUAUGGAUUCCCUUUACUGCCCGUUCUGGUGUCUAUUCUCAGACAAACAAAGGACAAACAUCAACAUGUGUGGGAAUCCUUUUUAGCCGAGAACACAAAACUAGUGAAGCAGUAUGCUGAGGACAUGACCUUUAGACCAGACUUGGGCAACCGUGCUUGGGAAAGUGAUCUGCAUGUGGACAGUUAUGAGGAAGAGGAUGAGGAUAAGAUUAAGGAAGAGGAGGAUGAGCACAUG